AUGGAAGGGGCUCAUUAUCGAACAAGAUCACACCGCCACGAACAACAUCAGAAUGAGCAUCUACCGCCUAUCAACAGCAAUAUGAGUGAUACGCUAUAUACCAAUUUUCUACAUUGCCAGCAAAGUGUACCACUACUUCCUUCACCGCACCAAAUGCUGCAUCGAAGAAGCGGCUCACACCAACAGCCAUUACAGCGUGAGCAGUAUAAUACCCUCCCAACUACUGAUUUUAGUCGACGCAAGGUGCCACUUUGUAACCAUGGCAUGUAUAUGGAUCACCAUGACGACAAAAGAGAAUACAAAAACAAUGACAACAACAACGUUUCAUGCCAUAACUGUGGCACAACAACAACACCGCUUUGGCGACGAGAUGAGGAUGGGCGUACCAUUUGCAAUGCCUGUGGUUUGUAUUACAAGCUACAUCAUAUGAAUCGCCCUCUCACCAUGAAGAACACUGUCAUCAAACGUCGAAAACGAUUUAGCAUUAAAGCACACGAUGAUGCCAACAAUAGCUCUUCGUCGCAAAAACAACACGUUAUUGAGGAAGAAGAGAAGCAGCAUCGGACCAUCAAAAAUGGUAAAAGCAGUAUGCCAAUGGCAAACGAUCACUGGGUGAAUCCUGGUGACAGCUGUGGGCGACGAAAUCAGAUCUUUGAUGUCCAUAACAGCAAUGCAUAUUACAGGCGAUCAAUGUCACGAGAUCCAUCUGGUAGCAGCAAUAGCAGCAAUGAUGAUAAUGACUUGCUCUCCCAUAUACAAGCUAUACUUGACAAUCAUCAGCAUUUUAGCAUGGAUCAAUUAGAGCCGGUGCUCAAUGCUAUUCUUGCACCUCCGAUAGAUAAACAUCGAUCCAUGCCAUCAUCGUCGUCAUCAUCAUCGCUUUACACUCACAUGUCAAAACAACCACUUACAUCGGCACUUGCAUAUUGUCUUGAGGAUCGGCAAAGUUUUGUAAAUGCGUUGACAAGGAAACGUGAAGAGCUACAAGCCCAAAUGCAAUCGAUCGAUGUCCUACUCACUAGCCUAAGGAGGCUGACAAUGCCAUCUUCGUUAACAAAGCCGUCAAGCAACCCUUUACAAAAGACUCAAGAUGAAGCCAAGCCAUACAAUUCACAGCAUAGGUCUGCUUUUCUUCCCCCGAAAUCAUUAUCCAGAGAGCUCUUUUCCAAGAGACCAGCAAGGGUGGAUAGUGACACUAUGGGGUUAAUGUCGAUCAAUGGUAGCGGAGAUGGCAUAUCAUUAAUGAUGCAUGACCAUGAUGCCACAAGUGGGACAUCCAUGGAAGAUCAUCAGCACGAGCUUGACGCAGAAGCACAAGGAAAACCAAGAUACUAUUAUAGCUUGCAUCAUUGA